AUUAAUGCUACCUUAAAAAGUUGGUCAGCAAAACUCAGUUAUUAUUUACGAGAAAUUUACCAUUUGAGGGGACAAGACACGUUUUAAAACCCUACUUUUUUAUCCUGACUCCCUCAUCCAGGAGACUGACCCAGUGGCCAUGUCGUCUUACGGGCUGUACCACCCUCAUCAGACGUUGACAACGUUAGGAGGACCACGAGAUUUUUCUGGAGGUGAACAUGAACAAUAUUUAUGGAAUAAGGGAAAUUUCUUUGACGAUGGUUUGCUUACACGAGCUGAAGUUUUGGCAGCAGUUGAUAUUUCUAAACAGUCUUCACAACAGCUGAUGAAGCACGACAUGUAUGGGCACACCGCCGACCUUGGCGGUCAUAAUGUCACCCCUUCAAGGUCGCAAUAUCAUUCUGGAUUUGGACAUUCAGACUCUAUGUUAGAACAACUAACAUCAAGUUCCGGUAUGUCUUUAGGGAUGAUGGACCACCAUAAUAAUGUAUCACACGGACUAUCACAUAAUCACCAUCAAAUGUAUCCGCCUGUUUAUUCACACCCAAAUUCUAUGAAUGGGCAUAAUGGCUUCCCUACUCAUCAUCCAGUACAUCACCCUAUGCACGAUUCAGAUUGUGAUCCUCGGGAACUAGAGUCGUUCGCAGAAAGAUUUAAACAAAGACGAAUCAAACUAGGAGUAACACAGGCCGAUGUAGGAGGUGCGUUAGCAAACCUAAAAUUACCUGGUGUUGGUUCAUUGAGCCAGAGCACGAUAUGUAGAUUUGAGUCACUGACACUUAGCCACAAUAACAUGAUAGCACUAAAACCAAUACUACAAGCAUGGUUAGAAGGAGCCGAAAAACAAGCAAGAGAUAGACUAGAGGCUGAAAAUGGAAGUUUAGCCAAUGACAAGAAACGUAAACGGACUUCUAUUGCUGCACCGGAAAAGCGAUCUUUAGAGGCUUAUUUUGCCGUACAACCAAGACCAUCAGGUGAAAAAAUUGCACAAAUAGCAGAAAAGUUAGACCUCAAGAAAAACGUUGUUCGUGUUUGGUUUUGUAAUCAAAGACAGAAGCAAAAAAGAAUGAAAUUUUCUGCAGUUACCGGAUAAAGACAGCGUCUCAACGCUAAAGCACAAACAGUGUCUCAUAUAUAUAGCUACUGCGCAUGUUCGUGGUAUAAAUACUGUGCAAUUAUGCAUUGUGACGUGCUCUGCACAAACUAUGACGUCAUAUGCAAAUUAUAAUUAUACCGAACAAACGUUUUGAUUUUCUAUAUUAUACUUUUAUACAAAGUUGAAAAUUUCUACAGAUUUGCUUUGAUAGCAAAUAUAUAUACAUGUAUAGUGUGAACAUAAUUUUUACCAUUUCAUUGUACAUAAUCAUACUUUAAGUUAUUUAUUUAUUACCAUUAUUUUGUUUUGUUAUCUUUUUGAACUUAUAUGCUGAACAGUUUUGAUAUCUUUUUGGUCUAUUAUAUAGACUGUUGAUAACAUGAAUAUGAAUCCAAAACUCAAUUUAAGAAAAAAAAUCAUACGUCAUUUUUUCAAUAUAAAAUCUAGUCAUUUAGAGUAUUCACAGAGUAUUCGAUUCACAAUGAGCUUAAAUCAAAAGACAGCGGCGAAUUAUAUCAACACUAUAUAAUGAAAAUGCAUUAAGAUAUCAAAAAUACUUUUAAGUUUAAAAACAAUAAUUGCAGACAUAUUGUAUUUCUUGGUAUUUUUUUGUCUGAUUGUUUUUUGAGCAGAUACAUUUGUCACCAAUGUGAUACAAUACAAUCCCGUUUCUAUGUCAUUAUUAGAUUACUAACAGACGCUAGUCUCUUAUUCUUAGCUAUCUAAUUAAUUUAAAAACAUGCGAUAUUUAUGUUAUUGGACCUGACGCCUGUAGCAAGUUGACAUUUUCAUGAUAUUUCAUUCACUGCUAUGUGUUCGGGGUCUUUUGAGACCAAUUCAGAUCUCAUAUUAUUGUUUCAAACUAGAAUGGAUUACAAUGCAAGUAAAAUGAUGUUUAAAUGCAAAAAAAA